AGAAAGGCCAUGUGAAACCGACAAUGACAGGAAGUUACAGUAAACAUUGCGUCGCAGUGCCGAAUAUUUACUGAACGCUUUGAGAAUAAGUAAGGCCCGCUUAUGCAUGAUGCAGACUUCCCACAAUCUUGGGCACGAAUCGUAAUGGGUGAAGUAUUCCACAAAUGCUAUUAUUUUAUUGUUGUAGCACAGUUUAGAUCAGGUCAGCCAAGGUCAUGACCAAAUAAGAGACUUGACUGUCAACAAGAGUUAAAGAGAUUUGUUAUGGGAAUGUUUACAGCCUUUAAUAUGAUAUUUAUCCUAAUGUACCACCAUAAACACAAUUCAAAGAAAUACAGUAUGUAUUAUGCAGUACUGUUAAGAGUACUAUUUUCCGAUUUCUCAAGAGAAAAUGGGCUCUGCUACUUAAGGCCUACUUUUUUCAAGCGCUAGUUGGUAUUUUAAAUGAUACUUGGGAAUUACUUUUACUAAAGCUACAGUUACAUUUUGUUUGUUUCUGUAUAUUGUGCACAGAUUUAAAAAAAAAUAAAUUUAAUCGAGUGGCAGGUGCGGCGGGAGACAGAAAAUGUCCUCCGAUUCUGGAAUGGCAGAUAAACCACAAAUCAAAUCAAAUAAGCCUUGCUGCUUUGACACUUCCACGUUUUCUGCAGUUAUUUGACCUGAGAAAAAGCUCGAGCUGUUUCCCCAGUUUAUCUGGGACUUUUAUUUUGAAAGCCACUGAUCGGAAGUGGUUGUGGAUAGCAAAUCUUAUAAUUAUCUUAAUGUACUGUCUUAGUACUGAAUCCCGUUUGGUACAAAAUUACAAAUCGACAUUUGUUGAUCGAAUUGGGUGCCAGGUUUUUAUUCACAACCCUCACACUCGUGCUCAAAAACCCGCAUCUCACCGACUGAGCCAAAGCACUCAAGAUUCGGACAUCUCUCUUCUCAACAUCAACCAUGCAGUCACUUGUCUGACUGCGGGUACUCUGGGCCCAAACGCCGCUGGUGACACACUGUUGGUGGGAUCCCAGACCAACCUGCUGGCUUACGAUGUUCAUGACAAUACAGAUAUAUUCUACAAAGAGGUGUCUGAUGGGGCGAAUGCAAUCGUUCUGGGAAAACUUGGGGACAUUCCAAAUCCUCUUGCCAUCAUCGGCGGCAACUGUGCCUUACAAGGCUUUGAUUCUCUAGGCAACGACCUCUUUUGGACUGUAACAGGAGAUAAUGUGAGAUCACUUGUGCUCUGUGACUUCACUGGGGACGGCAAAAAUGAGCUCCUGGUUGGAUCUGAGGAUUUUGACAUCAGGGUUUUCAAAGAGGAUGAGCUUGUGUCUGAGAUGACCGAAAAUGAGACAGUAACAUCACUGUGUCACAUGCACAGUAGCCGAUUUGGUUACGCCCUGGCAAAUGGCACUGUGGGAGUCUAUGAUCGCAAUUCUCGGUACUGGAGGAUCAAGUCUAAAAAUCACGCAAUGAGCAUCCAUGCCUUUGACUUGAAUGCUGAUGGGGUUGUGGAGCUCAUCACUGGCUGGUCCAAUGGAAAGAUUGAUGCUCGAAGCGACCGCACAGGCGAAGUCAUUUUCAGAGACAACUUCUCCUCCUCUGUGGCCGGAGUAGUGGAGGGAGACUACAGGUUGGAUGGGCAGAAACAACUUAUAUGCGCCUCUGUAGAGGGAGAAGUUCGCGGCUACCUGCCUGCUGGAAAAGAGCUGAAAGGCAAUCUUAUGGACUCCAGUGCUGAACAGGACCUCAUUAGAGAGCUGAGCCAUCGCAGACAAAAUCUACUGCUUGAGCUCCGCAACUAUGAAGAGAACGCUAAGGGUGUGUCAGACAGCACAGGUGGGAUUCCAGCCAACACUCAGCUCCAAACAGCGCUCUCAGUAAGAGCUGCAACUGAGGUCCAAAAAGCCCAUGUGGAGCUCAGCAUCACAACACCAAAUGAAACCAUAAUCCGUGCAGUGCUCAUCUUUGCAGAAGGCAUUUUUGAGGGUGAGAGCCAUGUUGUUCACCCCAGUGUCCAGAACCUGUCAGGUUGUGUUCGAGUCCCCAUCAUCCCUCCCAAAGACGUACCAGUAGAUUUGCACGUCAAGGCCUUUGUUGGUGGGAAAACCAGCACCCAGUUCCACGUGUUUGAAAUCACUCGACAGCUGCCCCGUUUCUCCAUGUACGACAUCGCAAUCGACCCCUCAGCCCCUCCCCCCACCGGAAGAGUCACUUUCACCAUCAAUGACCGGCCACAGAGGGUCGCAAUGUGGCUGAAUCAAAACUUCCUGCUACCUGAGGGUGUAGAUAGUCCUGAUGUUACUUUUAGUUCACUCCGGGGAGGGGGACUGCUGUCCAUCGGUAUGACCGCUAACGGACAGAUCACUCUUCAAACAGACGACAUCGACCUGGCGGGAGAUCUGGUCCAAUCGCUGGCCUCUUUCCUGGCAAUAGAGGAACUGUCAGCAGAGGCAGACUUCCCAACUUAUUUUGAGGAGCUUCAGACUACACUCACUGAGGUAGAUGAGUUCCACGCUGUCCAUCAGAAGUUAACUGCAGAAAUGGCUGACCACUCCAACUACAUCAAGAACAUGCUGGUGCAAGCAGAGGAUGCUCGCUUGAUGGGUGACAUGACUUCUAUGAAGAAGCGUUACAGAGAGCUAUACGAUCUAAACCGAGAUCUUGUCAGCGAGUACAAGAUUCGCUCAAAUAAUCAUAAUGCGCUGCUGGCCUGCCUCAAGUCUGUCAACCAGGCAAUCCAGCGAGCUGGUCGACUCCGACUGGGUAAACCCAAGAACCAAGUCAUCUCAGCAUGUCGGGAUGCCAUCAAGAGCAAUAAUGUCAGUGCACUCUUGAGGGUCAUGAGAGCUGGAGUGUCCGCCUCUUGAAAGUGAUGCAAGGAAGGCAAUUAAGGCAAAGAGUCGGGAUCGCUACUGUAAACCAUCUAGUCAUCCUUCACCGGCACAAAGAUGAGAAGACACAAUGGAUUGUGGGGUUGCCUGCCAAGACAAUUCAGCACAAUCGAACAAACAAUCGUGAAACUUGAAUAUGUGCUAGAUUGGGUUGCUGAGAUCCACCCAUGUCAGUCAAGUGCUGUGUUUAGCUAGUGUAGCUGCUUUUUUAAACCAAGAGGAGUGUUUAUGAGACAGCAGCUAGAAUAGAAAACUGUGUAAACAGUGCGGUGUGGGAGCUGGCUAGCACAAUUUUUGAGAGGGAAUGCUGAGAGUCAACCAUCACAUAAAUGAUUUUCUGUGCUGGUCAGUGCUAAAUGUUUGAAGGACAUGGUGGACCAGUUGGAUUCAAACAUAAUCAAAGGGGAUUUUUUUUGUGUGUGGAGCUCUAUUAUAUUGUCAUCCCAAAUAUUCAACAAACAAAUAAAAUAGUUCAUUUCCAAAGCGUCCAACCCGAUUGUUUAAAAUGCAUCCCCAGCCUAUCGUGGGCAUAUUUGCACAGUCACGCUAUGAUAUCCUGUGAUGCGUUAACCAGCAUUAUCAUCCUCAAUUCCUAGCUUGUUUUGUCAUUCCAGCUGUAUGACGUGUCAUUAGUCACAUGCAACUUUAUGAGGGAAUUUCUAGUUGAAAUGAGAAACCGAACUGGGUUUUAAAAGUCAUUAGUGAUUAAGCCGAAGGCCUAAGGAGUGUGCCGUGUUGUGUUGCACAUUUGUAAAAGAAAUGCUUCAUUGUGGCUCAAUGUCAUAUACUGCAAGCAAGCACUGACUUCUACCGACUCAGUCACAUUUUAAGAGGAGGAGGCCCACUGGGAGCAAUGUUGUAGUUGUGUAUAUUAGCACAAUGUAUUUGUACCCAAAGAAAACAUGCAUGACUUCAGUGUCACAGAUCACCAAUGAUGUAUUUACUUUUUUAGAUUAAAAAUGUGUUAUUGUCCUAUUGUGAAGAUUAAAUUAACCAAUGUUUUAA